CUGAAAACACAGGGUUGGGGAAAGAGUUUUUCAAAAUGUAAAGGGAAAAUAUGGAAAAUCCCAGUUUUGAAGAACUGAGAUUGAACCUGAUCUCCUGGCAAAUGUUGGACCAUUGUGUGGAAGGAUCCCUGCAACCUCGCUGUAAAAUGUCAGUGAAAAUCCUGGAAUUGGAUUAGCCAAUCUACUUCUGGCGUGUUUUUUCUCCACUUCCUUUUGGCUUCAAAAAUAAGAAACUGGAGAUUGAGCGAUUGGUUCAAGUGUCCGAGCUGAAAGCUCGCUUUCUGCCCUCUCUCUUACCCCCGCCUCGCCAACGUUUCCGAGCUGUCAACCCCCACCCCCUACAAAAGGGUCUGGAGUUUAAACAGAGAGACCGUCUCCGAGUUUCCAGGUACAGGACUGACCGCAGGAGGAGGAGGAGGGGAGAGAGAGAGAGAGAGAGACUGGAAAACGGAAAGCGCUAGGCUUGUAAAUCCAGGAGCUGGAAUUGGACUCGGAACGUUUUGUUCCAAAAAGUUUUUGAAACUUUUGCCGAAGUUUAGUUUCCCUUUGCCAAGGGGACGUGGAGAAACAUGCCCCUUUGUGAGUUUUAAAGUUGAGAAUCGGACGGAGUGCCAGAUUUUUUUCUCUCUCUGGUUGGGGGUGGGAGUGUUGGAGUCCUGGAAUUUUUGGAAAGUUUUUUUUCAACGUCUGUGUGGGAAAAGAAAGAGUCGGUGCAGAAAACUUUUGGGGCAUAACGGGGAACAGGAGUGCGUAAAGUGGCCGGAGCCUGUGAAGAGGAGAAAGGGGGAAAAAAAACACUGUCAGCAGUCCCGGGGGUAACAGACGAAACACAUUGCCCUGACCAUGUCCAAAUGUAAAGAUGACAGGGUUUAUACCCCCACUGCAGCGAUCGUGAGGAUUCCGGACAGCGAAGAUGCCUUUGACUCGGAGCCUGGCGUCUCUGCUCGGGGUCCCAGGGAUCGCACGCCUCCCCGGGGUAAAAAGAUGUUGAUUUUCCUAGACCUGAUCUGCAUUAUACUUGCUUCCCUGCCCUUCUUCAUGGUGGAGUUCAAUGCUGUCAAACCCUAUCGCCGGGGCUUUUACUGUGAUGAUGAGAGCAUCAGCUACCCACACAAGAAAGAGGAGACCAUCAGUGACCCUGUGCUGUGCACUGCAGGCAUCCUGAUCACAGUUGUUGCUAUUGCCUUUGGUGAAAGCUACAGAAUCCGAUUCUUGGAUGAGAAAUCUAGCUCUUUCAUCUCGAACCCGUACGUCAGUGUGAUUUACAAGCAGGUCGGCUGUUUCCUAUUUGGCUGUGCUGUUAGCCAGUCCCUCACCGAUUUGGCCAAGGUCGCUGUUGGGAGGUUGAGGCCCCAUUUCCUGGAUGUCUGCAGACCGGAUUUCUCCAAAAUCAACUGCUCGAAAGGAUAUAUUGAGGUGUAUACUUGCAACGCAACAAUCUCAGCAGAAACUGAAGCUCGGAAAUCUUUUUACUCAGGACAUGCCUCCUUCGCAAUGUACACCCUGCUCUAUCUCGUGUUCUAUCUGGAUGCCCGGUUCACCUGGAAGGGAGCACGGUUGCUGAGACCCCUCCUACAGUCGCUGUUAGUCAUGAUGGCUUUUUAUACUGGCUUGUCCCGUGUGUCAGACUACAGGCACCAUCCCACAGACGUCCUGGUGGGAUUUCUGCAGGGAGCAAUCAUCGCCUAUUGGAUUGCAUUUCACAUUUCGGACAUGUUCAAAUCAAAGAGGAAGCCGUCAAAAGAAUCAAAUGUUUCUGCAGAAAAUUCCAUACAGACCAAUCACACAACGUGUUAGCAGGACAAAGGCUAAAAACAGAGAAAGGAUUUUGGGUAGUCAGCACAAACCAUCCUGCAGAAGUGAAUUCAGAAACCAGUGAUCAAAGAAAAUCUUCCAUCCCUUUUUAAAGCUUCAGGACAUUCUCCAAGCACAGUUUUAUUCAGGCAAGCCCCUGAUGCCUGUUUGAUUGGAAGUUUGGUGAUCAGCAGAUAGAAUUUUCUGUGGUAGUCCAGUUGCCUACUGGUUUUGAGUACUUUCUUCAGUUACAAUUUGUACUCCUUUCCUUUUCCUUUCUCUAUUACCGUACGGACACACAUACACUUAAUACUGUGAGCAACAAUGUAUUCUAUAUUUGUAAUGAGAAAUUAAUAUUAUGGUCACUGAUUAUGCUGAGCCUUUUGUGAGUAUAUCGUGACUGAAGAAACUACAACUAAGAUAUUUACCAGUUAUUCAGUAUACAGAUAAAAGAAGCUAAUUUCUUUGAAAAAUAGUUACCUACUUUUAUUAUAUCUGUAAUUAAUGGAAUUUAAACCAGGGACUGGAGUUAGUUUGAUGACAUGUUUUGCAAAUGAGUUGUGUUCAGUUUCAGAGUCUAGAAUUGAGACAUCGCUCAUUUGGCUAAGUGGUUGGGAAGAAACGUAGUUCUGUUUCCAGAUUUAUUAACACAGUACAGGGCUAAGUCCGACAGUCAAUUGGAUUGGAAGACCCUGUGGGAAAGGCGUGACUUGGACAGAAGGAAAAGUUUAAAAAAUGUUGCAGAUGGUGAUAAUCCUAACUCUGGUGUUCAGCCAUCUGAGUGGUCAUAAUUAGAGUUUUGAGGCAUCAGUUUAGAUGUAUUUGAAAUCAGAUAUCCAAGCGGAAUAGGCAGAUUGUUUGAUGAGAUAGAACCACCUAGCAUGCUGAUUGUGUUGGACGACCAUUGCAUGGAUUUCGAAAAGUCAUCUAGAGUGUCAGGAAAAAAUGCGAGCUAUCAAGAUGGCAGACCUUAAUCAAUAUUUUAAAUAUGUUGCAUGUUCCAUUCUGCAUGGAAACUUGAGUGUACUUUUAAAGUUACCCAUAUCAGUGAACUAUUGUGCAUUAAAACAGAAGUGAUUACAGUCAUGAGAAAUGGCUAUGAUCUGCUUUUGGAUCAUUUGUUCACCCUGGUUUAUUAGUGGUCUGCUGAGGGAUACAUCUGCCAGAAAGCAGAUCCAAAUCUCAACGGGGAUGUGAUCCAACUUUAUGUUGAGAACUCAGUGCAUUUCAAUUUGAUACACAUUUAGUUGACCUGUUCAGAACUUUCCAGAAAUCUUAAUGCAGUGGAUUUAAUUAGUAUUAACUAAACCACUUGUGAGUUUUGAUGACAGCUCAUCCAAAUGAUGCAAAGUACAAUAGAAUCAUCAUUCUUGUCUAUUUCAUAUUCAAUAGAAGUUUCUGGUGACUGGAAAUUGACGAUUAGCUGGGAAUCUUCAAAUGUGAGGAGAAGGAGUAGUGCCCAAACCAGGGGACUGUAUUGGUGGCAGGACCUUAGCUGGGGACAGAGAUUGCAGCCUGCAACAGAGUAAACUCAACCUGAGGGCCUGUUUUGGCUCUUGAAUAUUUGUAACCAAGAAAGAUCAUCAUGUUUCGGACCAUGCUAAUGGCUGAUCAGAAAGGUUGGGUAACUGGAACAUUGUGAAUUCAGUUUCACAGUAAUUUAUUUAAUUCAGUUCAAAACAGAUGAAAGUUGAGAUCCAUAUUUUAAUUGCAAUAGCUUUGUAUUUUUGAAUUAACAUGUAAUAUAACGCUGAGUCGAAUACUUGCUAUAUCUGUUUAACUUGUCCAUUUUGUUCUGUUCUCCAUGAAAGGAUUUUUUGAGCAUACUCUUUAUUCAACAUGUAUAUUUUACCCUUGAAGUAUUUGCAUGAACUGAAUGACUUUAAACCACUGACAGUCUUAUUCCCUGCGAAAUUCACAGGGUUUACAUUUGGAAGUAGCCACGGUGUCUGUGUUAUUUCAGAAAUACCACAUUGGAACAUGAAACAUCACAGCACAAUCGAACACCAGCAUUAACCUCUGUAGUGUUACUGUUAACUGUGUAAUUUCACUGCCCUCAUUAAAUGCUACUGUUUCCUAUUUGUUAAGAGAGGGCAGUUUGAAAUAUUUACUACAGUAAAUGUUAACUGCGCCUAAUCUAGUGUUAGGUUGAGGCUUUGGAAUAUUCCAUACAUCCUGGAAUCUUCUAUUCAUGUCACAUGCCCUUUUGCAUUGCAACUGUCAAGGACAAAGUGACAUUUUCUUCUGUGAAGCUGAACUUGGAACAGAGCCUUGUUAAAACUUGGCAUGGAGGGAAGGUGGUGUGUGGAGAAAUCUCCUACAGCAGAGUGCUGAGUAGAAAACUGGGAAUAAAAUUCUAGCUGAAUUGAAGCAUUCUGUUUUCUAUUCAAAAUGUCUUGACCAUUCAUCCCAGCUAUAGUUUCUACUGCACUCAUGUCUUGCUGUGUGAAUAGGGAUUAAGCAUUUGUUCAGAUAGAUUUGGGCCAUUUGUAUAACAUCAUUAUACAUCUCUUCUGCUGUCAACAUCUACACCCCAGUGGGGAAAAAAAAGUUAACUUGCUUUCACUUAUUGUAUUAACACUUGUCAGGACAUGCCAAAUAUUUUACACUACCAGAUACUUUUGAAGUUUGUUUUCCAAACUUAUCCAAGUUCCAAAUAUAUUUGGUGUUUGAAUUUGAAUGGAAAUAGUGUUUUUAAUGCAUUUUUUGUUAGCAUAGGUUCAAUGCCAUUACGCGCAGUGACCAGAUGAAUACUUCUCUGAAUGUGGUUUCACCCCAGCCUCCAAACAUCCCAUCUGGAGUCUAACAAAUAGUGCCUAACUUGAAUACAGUCAUAGACAGUUUGUGUUCCAGUCAGAACUCAUUUAAGACAAAUUCCAGAUUCAUUUCACUUGAGACCUUUGCAGCCCAGAGAAGGGAAUUUUUCAACCCAUCACUCUCAGCUGAGUUUGAACAAAGGACCCAGAAAUAAAAAGGCUGUCUUCCUUGUAAAUCAUCGCAGCAUUUGGCCACCCAAGUUUUGAAUUCUGUAGAUGUCUGCUGAUGUUGUGGAAAUGGCCUGAUUGUGAAUUGCUUCUUUAUGCUGCUAUAACCUGUAUUUUUAUCAGACAAACUUUUGUAGACACCUUAACAGCCUUAUCAAUGGCCUUUGGUGUAUAUUAUUUUUAAUUGUGAGUAUAUUGUCUGAGAUCUUAAAGAAUGUCUCAAAAUAUAU